GAGCUUCCUUUGCUCAAAGCAUAUCCGGAGGUCUCAGUACCGCGGUGGCUGUGUUUUGCCAUGAAUUACCACAUGAGCUGGGCGAUUUCGCGGUACUUCUAAAGACUGGUAUGCGUAUCAAGGAGGCUUUGUUCUUCAACAUUGUCUCAUCUAUUCUAUCCCUGUUUGGAAUGUUCGCUGGAAUCGCCCUCGGCAACGUGGCUUCCGCUAGCCAAUGGAUAUUUGCUGUCACAGCCGGCACAUUCAUCUACAUCGCCCUGGUUGAUAUGCUUCCUGAGUUGAGCGGCGCAGAGUUGCGUCCCGGUCAGACGAGGAUUGGACAAGUGGUUCUGCAAAGCACUGGGCUAUUCACUGGAGUCGGGAUUAUGCUGUGUAUUGCGCUUUUUGAAGAGAAGAUCAAGUUAUUUGUAGACUGAAAUCCCUACGACACCAUGAGGAAGCUGCUUAUCUGUUCAACAAUCUCCACACCGAAAACUGGCCACAAAGUGCAGUAAACAACCUUUUCAGUAUCCUUUAUCCGGUGACGGGCGUGAUACCUUUUUGAGUUACUGUAAUUAAACUCCUGCUGAUCACAUGACCACACGCAUGAUAAGAAUACCUACAUUUAGCUACCUUGUAUGUUUCUGGAUAGAUGAGUUUCCGGUUGCGAAAAGCGCCAUGUUGAAACUAUAGGUUGAAAUUACAUAGCGUCACUAUUUUGAUGACACAAAAGUUUGUUGAAUUACUGUCUGCAUCAACCAGGUCUUGGGAAUUUCGUUUCCAUUUCCUUUCAUGGUAAC